UAAAAAUUUGUCUCGUUGGAUCACUCUCUCUGUGACCGUUGCAAACUCGUUAUUCAAUUUCACUGCUUCACUUCACUUCUAAAAAAAUUCACACCCCUCCUUCGUUCUCUUUUUCUUCUUCUUCUUCUUCUUCUUAUUCCCGCGAUGCGCAAAUCUAAAAAACCACAACCUUCAAAUGCCGAAUCUUUGGAGCGUCGAAAUUGGGGCAACGUGUUCAAUUUGUUGGUUCAGAUGGUGCGGCAUCAGCAAAACCAGCUUCAAUCAUUCGCUAACCAAAAGAAGUUUCUAGAAGAUCGAUUGCAAAUGCAGAACGAACGUUGGGCUUCUGAUGUUAAACUCUACAAAGAUCAAAUCUCUCAGGUGAAGAUGUUUUUGAUUUUUGAGGAGAAGAAGCGGUUGUUUGAAUCGGCUAAGGCUGAUUUGAUGAUGGGUUCUAAGCAUAGAGAGGCUUCUGUUUUGAAAUGGAUUUUGGAUAGUACAAAGGAUGAUUUGGAGGAUUUUAAGGCUGGAUUCGAAUACCUUUCUCAUAAAUCCUCGAAAGGAGAACAGGGCCAAGUAACAGUACUCAAAGAUACUGACAAGAGGAGGAAAGGAACCGCAAGUAGUGGGAGCAAGUCUUCUUGCAACACUUCAGAGAAAGAGAAGUGUCCCGGUGAAAUCAAUGAUGAAUUGAGACAGUUAAAAGAUGAAUGUGAGAAGCUUGCUUCGGAAAAAAAUUCUGAGCUAUUAGCUCUCUUGGCAGAAAAGAAUUUUGUUUGGAAUCAAUUUAAAAUAAUGGAGACUGACUAUGCUAAUAAAUUGAGGAGUAAACAAGACGAAGUAGAAAAGGCAAAUGAGAAGAUAAGCAUUCUUAUUUCCAGCAUGGAGCAACUGCAAUCUGAUAAUAAUAAAAAGGAUGGUAGAGUAUCAGAGUUAGAAAGUAAAGUGGCUGAUAUGGAGGAGGAAGCAAAAAGAUUAAACAAGGAAAUAUCAGGACUCUCGGUGGAGUUGGAAUCUUUAAGAAAGUUCAAGAACAACCAAGUUAAACCUGUUUUAAAUCGUUGCACUGCAGGAACCAAUGACUCGGGAAUCACAGAGAGCAACAGGAGUAGAAGAAAUACCACUUUGAACAAAGAAAAAGAAGUAUGUACUCCUAAUGAACAACCCAUUUUAAGUUGUUUCACGGCAAUAACUAAUGACUCGGGAAUCAUUAAGAGCAACAGAAGUAGAAGAAGUACCACCUUAAACAAAGAAAAAGAAGUUUGUACUUCUGAUGUACAUGCUUCCACAUCCACAAACUUCUCGGAAAAGGGGAAAAGAAGCUUGAAGAGGAAAGAAAGCCCAGUUAUUUCCUCUUUUGAGACACCCAAAUUGUUCACUUCCAGCUUCAAGGUUCCAAAAGUCUUCUUUACCGGUAACAAAUCAUGUUUGAAGAGUCGUCGGAAACUAAAUGUAGAUGUGUUUUCCUUCAAAGAUUCAGACAAUGAUCAGCUGCCUAGUGGUGGACUAAACAAGACUCGGCUAAAAUAAGUUCUCCUCACCACUUGAACCAGCGUUGCUUGUCACCCUUUAAUCGAACACAUUUUAGAUCAUUAUCGAUGAAACUUUUUUUUAAUCUACUAGUUUAGUGGCUAGACUCAUAGGAAGUGGAAAAUCUUAGGUUUAAUCUGAGCCCUAUAUAUCAAUAUUCUUGUCGCUGUCAAUUGACUUUAAUGUCGUGUAUCUUUUGAUAUUCUUGCCGCUGUCAAUUGACUUUAA